AUUCAUUCAUCACUGUAUAGAUAAUGUCGCAUUGAAAUCGCUCUGGCGCGUUCAACAAUUUAUAAAAUAUAAUGUUUUCUUCAUAGCGUCAACAUUUCUUCUUAGUUAUUAUUUAUAGUUUCUUCUAUUAUUUAAAUAUAUUGUAUAUAAAGUUACAAGGUGAUAACAACGUGUACUUGACAGUUUGCUGAUAAUUUUAUUUAUAGGUUAUGUUAACAAGUUCAUAUUUGUUGUAUAAAUUAUAUAAACAAUGACCGAGGGAGAAUCUGGAAACCCUUGUCGGGUCGUGGCUACACCGUGCCUAUUUACGAAACGGAAAGUAGAGUGUGCAGGCGGCGCGUUCCUGCGAUAUUAUAAUAUAAAAUGCCACGGCGAGGAUACUUUGUUGCUCACAUCAAAAUCAAAGGAUAAAGCCGAGGAAGUGGUGUUCGAAGAUGACGUCGAGUACCUCCGGAGUUUGGAUCCAAAAGAGUGGAAGAAGCAGGAUCACUACGCUGUAUUAGGUAUAAAGAAAUUACGUUACGAAGCUACAGACGAUGACAUCAAACGUGCUUACAGACAGAAGGUACUAAAACACCACCCAGACAAGCGCAAAGCUUUAGGCGAGGAGGUCAGGAGUGACGAUGACUAUUUUACGUGUAUAACUAAAGCCUACGAGAUUCUCGGGACACCGAAAAGUAGACGAUCAUAUGAUUCCGUUGACCCUGAAUUUGAUGAUUCCGUGCCGACUACCAGUGAAAUAAAAAAAGAUGGGUUCUUCGAAACGUUUACUAAAUAUUUUGAAACUAACGCUCGGUGGUCAGAGAAAAGAAAUGUCCCGUUGUUAGGCGAUGAAAAUAGCCCUCGUGAGUUUGUAGAAAAGUUUUAUUCAUUUUGGUAUGAGUUUGAUUCGUGGCGCGAGUUUUCAUAUCUUGAUGAAGAGGAGAAGGAAAAAGGGUCAGACAGAGAAGAGAGAAGAUGGAUAGAGAAACAAAACAAGGUAGCUCGUGCAAAACUAAAAAAAGAGGAAAUGGCAAGAAUUCGUAGCCUCGUAGAUUUAGCAUAUGCCAAUGAUCCCAGGAUACAGCGGUUCAAACAAGAAGAUAAGGAUAAGAAGUUGGCUGCCAAGAGAGCUAGACAGGAUGCAAUUCAAGCUAAAAAAGCUGAAGAAGAAAGAAUAUUAAAAGAAGCACAGGUGGCAAAGCAGAAGGCAGAAGAAGCAGAAAGAGCAAGAAUAGAAGCUGCUAGAGCUGAAAGAGAGUUGCAAAAGAAAAAUCUUCGGAAAGAAAGGAAAACAUUUAGAGAUCUAUGUAAAGCUAACAAUUAUUUUGCUACCAAUGAUGAUGAAACUGUCUCUCACAUGGCAGCAGUUGAGAAAAUUUGUGAAAUGUUAAAAGCAGUAGAGUUACAGGAUUUAGUAAAAAAUUUGGAGGCAUCUGGCCGAGAUGCAUUUGUAAAUGCAGUUAAAAAAGCUGAAGACAAGCUAGAAGCAGAGCGUAGAGCCUUGUUUGAGACAAAGAAGGCAGAAGAACAGAAAGCUAAGAAGAAUGCCGCAUUAAAAGCGCCUCUGGAGUGGUCGGCGGAUUCAACACAAUUACUUAUUAAAGCUGUCAACUUAUUUCCAGCUGGUACAAAUCAGAGAUGGGAAGUUGUGGCUAACUUUUUAAACCAACACGGUACAUUUACUGAUGAUAGGCGUUUUAAUGCAAAAGAAGUUCUAAACAAAGCAAAGGACUUGCAAAGCUCAGAUUUCUCAAAAAGUAGCCUCAAAAAAGCAGCAAACGAAGAAGCAUUUGACCAAUUUGAAAAAGACAAAAAGAAAGUUGUUAAUGUUGUGGAUGAUAGCAGUAUAUCAAAGAAUGAUGCUGCGAAACUGGUGAACGGUACAGCAAAGCCUAAAGUAAAUGGUGAUGUAAAAGAAAAAGAAUCGAAAGAUGAGAAACCUUGGACAAAAACGGAACAAGAAUUACUAGAACAGGCAAUUAAGACAUUCCCAGUGAGUACACCGGAGAGGUGGGAUAAAAUCGCAGAUUGUAUCCCGAACAGAUCUAAAAAGGAUUGCAUGAAAAGGUACAAGGAAUUAGUGGAAUUAGUUAAAGCUAAGAAACAAGCCGCCAAUAUAUCUAAAUAACAUUAAAUAAAUUAUUUAGUCCCCUAUCAAAUUAUAAAUUUAAUGUUGAACAGUCCUAAAAUAUCUGCACACUAAAUAAAAUUUGAUAAAUGAUAUCCAUUGUUAUAAAAUUUUAGCACAUACAGCUAUAGUUCUACAUAAUAUGGAUUGAUUUGAUUUUUCACGGGCUAUUUUCCGCAACUCGACGUCGCAGUGCGCCUAUUUUGCGUGGUAGACACAAUAUGGAUAUAUUGUCAAUCUUGUCACGAAAUUUGUAAUAGGUAACAAAGUAUAGUCUGAAAAUUGUAAUGUCCUAAUUUAAACAUUAUUUAUGUAAAAAUAUGACUGAAAAUGUUAUUACUAAUGUUCAAAAGUAUGCAAGAAAUAUUUCUUUUCUAAUUUAAAACUAAUUCCAAGUUUGAAUUUUUACCGAGCAAACUAUUAAUGGAGUUUGGUAAAUUUUUUUUAUUCCACUGUAGUGAUGUCUUUUUUUUAAUAAAAAUAAAAUAAAAUCACUCGAACUUUACAUAUUUUUACUGUAACAUUGAGAUUGUUUUUGAAACUGAAUUACGUUAACUAUAGUACACAUAUUGUAAUAGAAAUAACCUAGACCUAGAGCAUGUUUACGUGAUUAAUUAUUUAUCAAGCAGUAUAUUUAAAAACUACCAAAUUUUAUUCAAAA